AUGUCCAAAAUACUCUCAUCACCAUUGACCAAGCAACUAGUCUCAACUGCAGUGAAUCUAAGUCCCAUUCUUCCUGCAGCACCCCAAUUCAGAACUGUAGAACCGCUAGCCUUUAUCGUUCGUGAAGUCUGUACAUUGGAAGAAUGUGCAGCCUUGAUCGCCAUCUCCGAAGCAAACAAUUAUGAACCGGCAUUACUCAACGUUGGUGGCGGACGACAGGAACUCCGAACGGAUGUCCGGAACAAUUCACGCUACAUUCGGGAUGACCCCGUCCUUGCCGAAUCGCUCUGGCAACGCAUACGACAAUUUGUCCCCGAGACUUGGAAUGGGCAUACAGCGGUUGGGUUGAACGAGCGAUUUCGAUUCCUUAGGUAUGACCCUGGGGAAGAGUUUAAAGCGCACUUGGAUGGUAAUUAUGUAAGACCGGAUGGAACCGAGACGAGUUUUCUAACUUUGCAGCUAUAUUUGAACGAGGGGUUUGUUGGUGGGCAGACGACAUUUGUUGCCAAUUACACCGACGCAAGAGUGCCAGUGGUUCCGGAAACGGGAAUGGUGCUUAUUUUCGAGCAUCAUCUUUGGCACGAAGGUUCUAAACUUAUCGAGGGUAGAAAGUAUGUAAUCAGAACUGACAUCAUGUAUAGGGAGUGA